AUGGUUCCUGUCCUGGCGGCCUUAUAUGGCAUGUUCUGGUAUUUUAGUCCAAAGAUCAUGAUGGCUCAGCUGAUGGAGCAUCUUCCGCUCGUCAUGCAUCCACUACGAAUGUAUGGGAUGGUUGAAACGAUCAGGGGAUACUUGAAGCAGGGAGAUUCGCUGCGCGACCCGUCCAAGUACGACUCCACCAUCUCAUACGGCGAGUAUUUCCAACUUUCUGUUCUCAGCCGGUAUUUCACGCGACAACGCUGGCGUCCGUUCCUGCCCCUCAAGUUUGGGACCCGAAUCUCCUUGCGACAACUUCUGGAGGUCCUGUUCCCUGCUCAAUUUCUCACUGCCUUGCAGGAGCUAGUUGAUUGGCAUCUUGCACAUGAGGAGACACUGACUUCAGAACAGCUGAUUGAGAUGAGAGAGCUCUUUGGACCGAAGGUUCAGCCUUUGCUCACUCUUGAGGCUAUUGAGGAGCUAUACUGGGAGGACUCUAACUGA